AUGCUUUGCCUCCCUGCCCUGAACCAGUCUGAGUUCUCCGGGAGCCCCAUGGCUGCUGCUGCUGCGUCCUCCAUCCGGGCGCAGCACUGCGGUUACCUCCCCUCCGCCUCCACACCUACACCCGCACCCGCAGCCCUCAACUCCUCCUAUAACAACUCCCCUUCCUCCUCUUCCUUGUACAGUCUCCCCCUUCCUCCCCAACCCCAGAACCUCGACUCUUUCUCCCUUCCUUCCUCAUCCACUCCCUGCUCCAUGCCCGCUGCUCCCUCAUGGCAAUCACAGGCUGCCGCGCCCAACAGCAGCAACACCACCAGCAUCAACAACACGACUACCCCUAAGCAGCCCUUGAUCCUCGACUCGCUCACUGCCAGCAAGAUCAGCAUCGUCGAGAACCUAGUCGACACUGCUGCAUUGAUUAUCGAAUCCAUUUGGCCCAGUCCUGUGGGAGCGUCAUGCACCGCCAAGACUCCAGUCAUUCCACUCCAUAUCUUUGUCAAGGAAACUCUCCGACGCUCUCGCACCACCCUCUCAACCCUCCAACUCGCUCUUUACUACGUCUACAAGAUCCGUAACCAGGUCUUGGCAGCUCAGGAAAAGAUUCGUCACGACCACCUCCAGCAGCAGCACAGACAGCGUCAGAAUAUGCAGAACCAGCACCAGCCCCUUUCGCCCAACGGCUCCUUCGACAACUAUUGCUCCGACGAUGAUACCAGACAGCAGCGCGACUACUUCCACUCCAUCUCUGCCGCGCAUGCCAAAGCGCAGAUCCAGAAGAACUCUCUCCCCUUGACCCCUCCUGGUGCCAACCACACCCCGACCGCCCUUUCGCCCCUCUCCCUCUCCGCCUCAACAUCGACCUCGCCUAUCCUCGCAAAGUCCGAGCCUGUUGGAUGUGGCCGUCGCAUGUUCUUGGCAGCUCUCAUUCUUGCCUCCAAAUUCCAGCAGGAUCGCACCUACUCCAACAAGGCGUGGUCCAAGAUCUCUGGGCUGCCCGUUGCCGAGAUCAACCUCAACGAGAUCACGUUCUUGACACUGAUUGAUUACCGCCUCUUUGUCUCCCAGACUGUUUUCCAAAAGUGGGUCACUAUCCUCACAGAGAAAGGCAAGUGCAGAGACAGAUCUGCCUCGGCCAGGACCUUCAACUCGGAUGUCGCUGUUCAGCAAACCACUCGUCGCAACUCGAUCCAGUACUGCAACAACACUCUUCCCUCUCGUAUGACCUGUGUUACUGCCUCUUCUCUGGAACAGCAGCAGCAGCAGCCUCAGCAAUCCUCGAUUCCAACGGCUGCAACGGUGGCUCCUCACUUGCCCUCGUUUGCGUUGUUUGUCGCUGAACAGCAGAGAUCGUUACAGUCAACUCCCAUCUGUGAAAAGCCAUCGUUCCAGUUCGAGAUGGUUAUUCCUCUUGGCGCUCCAGCCUUGUCGAAACAAGCGUUGGAUGCUCACAGCUCGGCCAAUGCCGUCAGCGGUCUCGUUCAGCCAGAGUCGGCGCCAAGACAGCAGCAGGGAAUGGGCGCCAGCAUGACUCUUCGAUGGGUUCAGGAUCAGCGUCGCGAGUUUAUUCGCUCUCGUCUUCUCUCGAUGGGCUACACUGUCAACCAGCAGCAGCAGCCUUCCGAGUCACCAUCUCAGGCUCAGCUUGCGCACCGCAACAUUGUGGAGAACUACAAGAACAACGUGAUCAUGUACUCCCAGUCUGGCACCUACUCGCUUAACAUGCGCCACCAACAGCCUCAGCAGCAGUUGAAGAUCGACACCGCCAAGGCUGCCGGUGUUCAGACCUUCUUGCCUUCGCCCACCUCGUCUGGAUCGCCUACCCAGUUGACUGGAUCGAAGCGUCGCAUGACUGACUCUGAGGAAUCGGAGGAGAUGAAGGACCAGCGUAGCCUCGCCCGUAGACGUCUCAGUGUCUCCUUCCUCGUCGACUGCUAA